UCUCGAGGAUUGGAGUCGAGGAGGGGAGUCGAGGAGGGACAUUUGAAGACAUGAGAACGGGCCAAGGAUCCGUCUUGUGUAAAACUCUCGCGAGAGUUUGCAAGUCACGUGGCUGAAUGUUUACGUUUGGCAGGCAGCCUUUCAGUUACGAUCGUUAACAUCAGUGGGCCACAGCAAAUGAUGGCAAGUCAACGUUGUCGCAGUAAAAGUCCCAAGAUAGCUCCUGAUGUGUUUCCGAGCCGCUCCAACGAGAGUUACUACGAGAACGUGACGUCAUAUUUACACAAGACGGAUCCUUUCUAGCCAUAACCGAGGCGGAGGGCGGAGCUGAAGUAAAGAUGGCGAGUCUUCAACAACUGAGCUGCCGUUACAGCUGGAUGUGAUAUGUGUGUAACAAGGAGCAUAAGGAGGAAGAUGUUAGCAGAUGUGCUUCCCUCCUGAGUCACAGUGCUCCUCCUGGACUCCGCCCUGCAACAUGACACUGGACACAAAUCGGCUGUUCCUUCAAGGUGCAUGCAUUAAACUACAAAAUAAAGCAACAAAUAAAAACUUUUUUUAAGGUUUUAGGUGGAUUUAUUACCUCAGUUGACAGGACCUUCCUACAGUUCCUCUGUCCAAUGGAAGCUAAUGGGUGCAGCCAGAGGUGGGGGGUGCUUCUCCCAGAGUAUGAACAGAGCAGGAGAGGCUCCAGUCCUUCUUCACCACACACACGUGUUACUGUGGCUGCAGACAGACAGUAUGUCAGGAGGACGCCACUGUUCUCUGCACAUCAACAUCCGUCCAUCCUAAAGAAGCACACAGACAAGGAGAACCCGUUGGCUGUCAGCAGACCAGAAGAACAGCUCACUGACAGGACCUCCUGCAGCAGAGUGAAGGAGGAGCUCAGCCCAGACAGCUUCAGCCUAUCUUACAGGGACAUGUCCCCUCCUUCACCCUGGAGGAGAGACCUUGCCUCACCCAUGGUUGUUUCAGAUCUCAGGGACCGGCUGUCCACUCUCCCUGGCAGCAGAUCCGCUCAGCAGAGCCUCUCCAGCUCCAACCUGAAAGUCCAGAGACUGAACCACCCAGUGCGCCUGCAGCUGACCUCUGCCUUCCUGCAUCCGACGAGGAGUCGUCGGGGGGGGGGCAAACUGGGCCCUUCUGGAGGACAUCCUGUGUCUCCCUUUCAGGCCGAGUACUGGGCCUGUGCCAUCCCCCCAGCUCUGCCUCUAUCUCCGGACAGACAGACCGCGAGCUGGGAUCCUAACAGGGAGUACCAAGCGCUGUUGGACUACAGCUACCCUCUGAGAGCGAGACAGCCGCUCUGUGCGGGGGACAGCCCUGAGCACCAGGAACACACUCUCAACCCGCAGGACUCAGGGAUAGAGCAGGACCUCCUAUGUAGCUCUGCCAGUCUGUCUCUCAGUGGGGGGCACAGGUCUCCUAGCCUACGGGGGCUCAAAGCCUCUGGUACCUCGCUCUCCCUUGCAGACUUGUACUGCAGUCCCCAUCAGCAAUGUGCACUGUCCAGGUGUGCAUUUGAGGAGCUGGACGAGGUAUUCUGUCCUCUUCCAGAGCAGCUGGAGGGGCUGCAGCUGCUGCCCAGACAGGUGAGGGAGGUCACAGCCAGCUGGGAGUCUGUGCAGUGGGGGGGCUCCAACCUCUCCCCCGUCCCCCUGCCUGAGACACAGGAAGCACUGCAGGACACACCAGAAGAAGAAGAGGAGAAGAGAGCCUCAGCAGCUGACUACAGGGACUCUGCAACAGUGAAGAGCCCUUCUGGAGCCUGGGUAGAGCCUGCAGGGGGGGGUGGGGGAGCCUGUCCACCCAGUAUCAGGGGGCUGCCUGGCAGCCAGGAGAAGCAGGAGCAGCACAGUGACUCCCUGAUGCAGCACAUCCAGGUCUUCUGCUCGCAGCUGGAGCAGCUCAUUCAGCAGCUGCAUGCCGUGUCAGAGCAGAUGGAGCUGCAGACUGUGCCCAUUGUGGAUAUUGCCGGUGUCAAAUCCUCUCUUGCUGAGUACCAGAGAGCAGUGAGGGUCCAGCAGCCCCUGACCUCUGUGACCUCCAGCGUGCUGCUCAGCGGUCAGCUCCUCCUCCGCUGCAUUGACCACAUGUCUCCAUUUUUAAGAGACACCCUGCAGCUGAUAAAGAGUCACUGUGGAGCUCUUGAGAGCCGCACACAGCACCUCCUCUGCUCCAUCCUGUCUGCCAUGGAAAGCCUUAGCCAUCAGAACCAGCAGAACACCCAGACCAGAGUAGAGAAGGCUGCCUCCUCUCUGUCAUAGGAUUUGUUACACUUAUUUUUGUACUAUCUAACUUUGUUCCAACAAUUCACAUACUGUAUAAUGCACAGCUCUCAUUUGAACAUGUUGGCAUCUUGUGUAUUGGCUUGGUAUGUGAAAAAGAGUGUCUCAACCCAACUGAUCACAUUGAAUAUUACAUAAAAACAAUAUUCUAUUAGGUUUUUUCUUAAUCAUAUAGAUGUUCACCAUGGUAUUGAUUUGUCGCUUGUAAUGUAAAUGUAAUUGACCUUUUUCAACUGUUUUGAGAUUUAAUCAUCAUUCAAAGACAACACAACAUCAUGGAAUCUAUCCAGUGUAUGAGUUCAAUGUUUACUAAUUCAAAGUAACACUUUCUAACACCUAAUUACUGCUGAGUCAGCCCUGAUUUUUAGUUUUGGAGAAGCAAAGCUGUGUGUAUGAUCAAUUGACUUCGUAAUGUUUUAUUAUCAGCUAGUCCAACAUUUCACACAGCCGUAUGGUCUGUUGUCACUCUUUUCAGUCCUGUGUGUUCUAAUGUUAAAUAAUCACGUUUAAGCCUGAGUCAAAAGCUCUGUUCUAUCAAGGAACACAGCCUGUUUCUGUGGUCUACGUGUAAUAAGUCACGGAAUGUUUUUAAAUAAUUCUUAAUUUCACAAUAUUGAUUAAAACACGAGCAGUCAAAUGUGACAUAUCUGUCCCAA